AUGGGGCAAUACAAAUGCAAAGGCAUUCGCGGUAAUUGGGUGGAAGAUGAUAUGAAGUUCGCUAUGUCUGCUGUAAAGAGAGGGGUUAUGAGAGUGAACAUAGCUGCAAAGAGGUUUAAUGUACCAAGGCGGACUCUGAGACGAUAUUUGGCAGAAAACAAAAACACUAAAUCCACCUUGGGUAAAAAACCAUUGUUAAAUUCGGAUCAAGAAAACGAUUUGAAAUCCCGCAUUAUCCGACUUUGCAGCGUUGGUUACCCACUAACACAGCGUGUAUUACGUUCAUGUGUUAAAACGUUCUGUAAUGAACAUAACAUUUUAUCCAAAAGUCAAGGAGUUAUGAUUAGACGAGAUUGGUUGAGGGGAUUUUUAAGACGGCACCCUAAUAUCAGUAAACGUAAAGCCCAAAAUUUAAAUCCCGCCAGAGCUCAAAAGCUUAAUAAGGCAGUAGUGUCUGAUUACUUUGCGAAAUUAAAGGAUUUAAUGAAAAAAUAUGACUUAAUGAAGAAACCAGAACGAAUUUAUAAUAUUGAUGAAAAAGGUUGUCAAUUAAAUUUACACAAAACUCCACAAGUUCUAGCAGAACGCGGUACAAAGAGAGUACACAUAGUGGCAGCUGAACAUGGAGAAUCAGUGACUGUAGUGUCUUGUGGAAAUGUGCUUCUUAUAUUCGAUGGUACAAAGUGCCAUUUGGAUUACUCUAUUGUGGAGACAGCUGAAAAAUAUGAAAUCAAGCUUUUCUGCUUGCCCAGUAAUACGACCCACGAGCUUCAGCCUAUGGAUAAAAGCGUAUUUAGGUCGUUUGAAUAUUACUGGGAUGAGGAAAUACUUAGAUACUGGUCUCUGCAUGAAGACAGAAAAAUCACCAAACAAAGAUUUGGAGUCAUAUUUAGUAAAGUGUGGGAUAAAGCUGCAACACCAGCAAACAUCAAAGCUGGAUUUGAGGCUACAGGGAUCUACCCAUUCAAUCCAGAUCGGAUCCCAGAGGAAGCAUAUGCUCCAAGUAUUCCUACUUAUAACCCCAUGCCAAUUGUUGAUAAUAAGGACACUGACACUGAUGUUAGUGAAAGUCUCCUUCAUGAGGCUGCUUCAAAUAUAAGUGCAAUUAAUACACCAGUUCAGCAAUUGACUUUAAGCGAUAAUAACUUUAAUUCUCUUUCCGUGUCUACAGAGCAGAUUGGAAAUUCUGCCACUACCCCGAGUCAAAAUAUUACCGUUUGUAAUGAACCGAAAUAA